GCGGAGCCACCGUUCGGGCCAGGCCUGCGGGCAGCCACCGGCGGCGGCCUCCGUCCGAGAUGGCCUCCCAUCCGCUGUGCCCGGGGUCAGCCUCGGACCACGAGUGCAGGCUGCUGCCUUUGGCCCAGCCCAUAGCACCGGUCUCCCGCAAGGCGUCCUGGGGCGUCCUGGUGAGAGCCGUGGGAUGCUUCAAGCUGUCGCUCCCCGAGGGCCAGCAGAUGCAGGCCGACCCCCUGGCCUUGGAAAAGAAGUUGUCGAGGCCCGAGGAAGAGGCGACACCGGCGGAGACGUUCUGGGGCGAUCAGGAGCCCCUCUCCAAGAUCCCAUUUAAAAUUCUGCGUGGGCACGAGCACUUUGUCAGUUCCUGCCACUUCUGUGUGGACGACACGAAGCUCCUCAGUGGCUCCUACGACAGCACCGUGAAGCUGUGGGAUGCUGUUAGUGGAUCUCUGGUUCACGACUUUAAGCCCAAGCCCCAAGCUCCCGUUUUAGAGUGCAGCGUCUCAGCCGACAGCAGGAGAAUCGUCGCAGCGUCCUAUGACAAAUUUUUGCGGGCCUGGGACCUGGAGACCGGCAAGCCACUGUGGCAGACGGACUACGAUUCCUUCAUCAUCUCCUGCAAGCUUUCCCCUGACGGCAAGUACGUGGCCCUGGGCUUGGACAUGGCCCGCGCCAUCUGCAUCAUGGACGCGAGGACCGCCAGCACCAUUUCGCUCAUCAAAGAUCAUCACAGAAAGUCCAUCACCGCGUGCUGCUUCGACCCCGACAGCCAGAGGGUGGCUUCCGUCUCGCUGGACAAGUGCAUCAAGAUCUGGGAUGUGACGUCCCAGGCCACGCUGCUCACCAUCACCAACGCGCAUGGCAACGCCAUCUCCAACUGCUGUUUCACCUUCAGCGGCCACUUCCUGUGCACGAGCUCCUGGGACAAAAGCCUGAAGAUAUGGAACGUCCACACGGGCGAGUUUCGAAACCAGGGGGCCUGCGCCACGCUGAUGCAGGGCCACGAGGGCUCGGUCAGCUGCUGCUGCUUUGCCAGAGACAGCUCUUUCCUCGUGUCCGGAGGGCUCGACAAGUCCGUGGCCGUUUGGGAUGUAGGAGAAGGCUACCGGAAGCUGUCCUUGAAGGGCCAUGCAGACUGGGUGUUGGAUGUUGCCAUUAGUAAGGACAAGAAAUGGAUCCUAUCUGCUUCAAGGGAUAAGACCAUGAGACUAUGGAAUGUUGAAGAAAUUGACAAAAUUCCUUUGGUGAUGGAGUGCAAAAAGGCCAUGGGCUUGAAGUUGAAACAGUGCGUAGGAUGUGACAGGCCUUUCUCCAUCUUUGAGGGUGACACCUCUUCCGAAAUAUUCAACGAAUGUGUGUUCUGCCGGAGAGAAGCAAAGGACUUGCCGGACGAGAGUUCAUCGUCCUCAUCGGAACAGGAGAACUCGUCACCCAUGCCGCCACCCACGGGGAGCACUGAUGACUGACGGCCACAGGGCCCUCCGAGUGACUUGAGCACAGGCCACCCACCUGUCAUGUAGCUUUCGGCCUCCGCAGGGAUCUUUCUCUUGGGCCCCUCCCAGCCGAGCGAGCCUGUCAGGCCAGCAGGGCCGAGCCCUGCCCGGGCUCCCCACUCCCCUGGGGAGCAAAACAAUUUAUUCUUAGCUUUCAAGAAAAAUAAAUCUAGAUUCCUUUGGAAA